AUGUCCAAUCUUUACGAUCAAAUUAAAUUACUUUACGACCAGCAGUUGUACUCGAAUGUAAUUUCUCUGGCUAAUUUAGUCUUAUCAUUGAGUGAUCAUAAUGGUGAUCUCUUGCCACCAACUGCCAAAUUUCUUAUUUAUGUACAUUGUGCUGAUUCGCAUUUUCACCUCGGAGAGUAUCGUAAAGCCGAAUCAUUGUAUAAAAAAUCUAUACAAUUCCGAAAGUUUUUAUUGAAAUCAAAGAGCACAGCAAAAUCAAAUAAUCAAGAAAGUUACAAAGAUCUUCUGUCAGACAUUGACAUAAAAUAUCAAAUUUAUGUAAAUAUGGCACUAGCAAAAAUAUUUCACGAUCAAGGAAUGGAGCGAUCAGCAAUUACUACUUACAAAGAAGUUUUACGAGAGUGUCCAUUAGCUUUAGAAGCCGCAGAAGGUCUUCUUUCAUUAGGAGUUAAAGGAAUUGAAGUAAACUCUCUAAUUGUUGGAUCUACUGCCAUCACACCGAAUUUAGACUGGUUGAAUACUUGGAUAAAAGCACAUGCUCAUAUGCAUAAUCGGGAAUAUAGUCACGCAGUUUCAACCUUUAAAAUAUUAGAUAAUGUUAACUAUCUUCGUGAUAAUUUUAAUUUAUUACUAACUAUGGGCGAGUGUUAUUAUUGUGCCGGAGAUGAUAAAAAUGCGUUAGUGUGCUUGAGGCGAGCGAGAGCUAUAGAACCAGAUACUAUCAAAGGACUAGAUCUAUAUGCAGCUGUAUUAUAUAAAGGACAACACACCAAAGAUUUAGAAAAAUUAAUACCGACCCUGACGGUAAACAGUGAAUGUUCAGCUGAAGUUUACGUCGCAAUGGCUUAUACUCUGUACGCAGGUAGAAAACUCAACAGAGCAAAUACUUUGGCUGCUCAAGCUAUCAACCUCAAUCCAAUUAAUGUAGAAGCCAUUAUUUUACGUGGUAAUAUUUUAAUUGAACAAAAAAAAUAUCAGGACGCUUUACAUCAAUUCAGAGCAGCUAUUCAAAUUAAACCAUAUCGAUAUGAGCCCCAUAAAGGGUGUGUGGAUUGUUAUAUUGGUAUGCAUCGUUUACGGGAAGCGUUGAAUAUUGCAAGCAGUGCUUGUAAACAACUAGGUCAUACUCCAAGAGUUUUGUCUCUGUAUGCAUCAGUUCUGAUGAAAGAUCCAGUCUCAGUAGGAAAGGCCAAAAAUCUUUUAGACAAAGCUUUAGCUCAAGAUGAAUCAUAUUUACCAGCUGUUUAUUAUUUGGCUGAAAUAUAUGAACAGGAAAUGAAUUUAGAAUCUGCUAUUGAUUUACUGGAGAAACAAGUUGAAAUUCAACCGAAUUGCAAAUUACAUCAAAUGUUAGGUGAUCUCUGUGCGAGAGUGCACAAUGAAGAAAAAGCUUUAGAUCACUAUGCAAUUGCUUUAAGUCUUGAUCCUAACAACAGAAGAGCACUUGAAGGUAUGCAUCGCUUAGACAGUACAGCCACUAAAUUUGAAACACCAUAUUAUAUGAAUGUGGGUGAAGAACAUGCUGAUACAACUUACGACGUUGGAGACGGCCUACCUGACUCUGAUAAUGAUGAAGCUGUUGAAGAAAGUGAAACAGAAGCAGUUUGGUCUGAUAUGGAUUUAGAAGCCAAUAUGUACGCAUUAAUAUUUAGACCAUCAGAUUUUACUUAA